UCUCAAGCCAUUAUUGACUAGUUAUGAAUAUAUAAACGCUAGUACCCCCGGGGCUACUAUUCUCACAGACGUCGCCAAACACUGAACUGCCUCGACCUAACCUAGCGUUGCUCGCCGCAUUUUAUCGUUGACACCUUGCUAUUUAUUUUAUUUUACACAACAGCCAGACUUGUUUGUUCGUCUUUAUCUGAAAACUGAUCUCAGAUAUCCUUCUCCAAAUAACCAGCCUCUGGCCUACCUUUGACUGAUGGUUUCUACUUCCGGCUGGACCGUGCCCCAGUGGCGCCAAUACCACGCGGCCGCUACGCCCGCCGAAUCGCUCGCGACGCUUGUUGCGCUUGUUGCACGCGAACAGGUUGCUCCCUCGGACCCUGCAUGGAUUUCGCUCGCAUCGCCUGAAGAGCUCGCACACCAGUUCCGCGUGUUGUGCGCGCGGCCUGCGGCUGCCCUGCUCCCACUCUACGGUGUGCCCGUCGCCGUCAAAGACAAUAUCGACGCGCGCGGCUUCGCCACCACCGCCGCGUGCCCCUCAUUUGCGUACACCCCUACGGAGGACUCUGCGGUCGUCGCGCGCCUCCGUGCGGCCGGCGCCAUUAUCGUCGGAAAGACCAACAUGGACCAGUUUGCAACCGGUCUUGUCGGCACCCGUAGCCCGUACGGGCGCACGCCGUGUGCGUUCUCCGCCGAACACGUUUCUGGUGGGUCCUCUGCGGGCUCCGGCGUGGUUGUCGCGCGCGGAACUGUGCCGCUUGCGCUCGGCACCGAUACCGCGGGCUCGGGACGCGUGCCCGCAAUGCUCAACAACGUGAUCGGGCUCAAGCCUUCAUUAGGUGUGUUUUCAUGCGCGGGAGUAGUGCCCGCAUGCAAAUCGCUCGACUGUGUGUCAGUGUUUUCGUUGACGGUUGGCGAUGCGCAGGCCGCGAUGAGCGUGUUGGCGCACGCCGAGACUGACCCGCGCGAUCCGUAUGCGCGCGUCAUGCCGCGUGCGCCGCUUCGCGAGUUUGCGCCCAACCGCAAGCUCGUCGUAGCCGUGCCGACCGCCUUGGAGUUCUACGGCGAGGCGCACAAUCCACGCCUUUUCCAUGCGGCCGUCGAGACGCUUCAGGGUAUGACAGACGCCGAGGUCGUCUAUAGAGACAUUGCUCCGUUGUUGGAACUUGCCAAGUGCUUGUAUGAUGGGCCGUGGGUCGCAGAGCGUUGGACUGCGACGCGCGCAUUCCUUGCAACGAACCCGCCAGCUGCGGACCUCGACCCCACUGUGCUCGGCAUUGUCAAGAGCGGCGAACCAAUCACGGCGACCGCCGCGUUCGAGGGUGAGUACAAACGCCGCACCAUCUUGCGCCGCGUCGAGGCGUUGCUCGCGAACGUGGACGUGUUGGUGGUGCCGACCGCGCCACUCAACCCAACCAUGGCCGCGGUCGCGGCCGAACCUGUUGCGGUCAACUCGCGCCAGGGAACCUACACAAACUUUUGCAACCUCGCGGACAUGGCGGCCGUCGCGGUUCCUUCAGGCUUUCGUCCCGACGGCUUGCCGUUUGGGAUCACGUUCGUCGGCGCAAAGUUCACCGACUACGCAUUGCUCGACGUGGCGCAGAAGUUCCUCGCAGCGCAUCUCCCUGAGCGCCUCCUCGGUGCGACACAGCAGCGUGUGGGUUCUGGUGACGUGCUCGACCGCACAUUGCCUGAGCCUGACAUGGACGCGUGCAUCGAGCUUGCAGUAGUUGGCGCGCACUUAUCUGGCCUUCCGCUCAACUGGCAGUUGCGCCAGUGCCAGGCGGUGCUCCGCCGUGCGACCACCACCAGUGCGUGCUACCGCCUCUAUGCAUUGCCACAGAACGGGCCUGUCGCGAAGCCGGGCUUGCGCCGCGUCACGGAAGACGGUGCAGAGAUUGCCGUCGAAGUGUACGCGAUGCCGCGUGUACAUUUCGGUGACUUCCUCGCGAUGGUCCCGGAGCCGCUUGCGAUUGGCUCGUGCGAGCUCGCUGACGGUACCUGGGUCAAGGGCUUUGUGUGUGAGGAGUCUGGGUACGCUUCUGGCGCCACUGACAUUACCUCCUUUGGCGGCUGGCGCGCGUACCAGCAGCAUAAGCGUGCAGCGAAGCCGUUCGAGUGUGUGUUGGUUGCCAACCGUGGUGAGAUCGCCGUGCGCAUGAUUAAGACGCUCAAGAAGAUGGGGAUCCGCUCAGUCGCCGUAUAUUCCGACCCGGAUAAGCACGCGCAGCACGUGCACGACGCGGACGUAGCGAUUGCGCUCGGUGGCAUCACCGCCGCGGACACGUACCUCGACCCAUCCAAAAUCCUCGCAGCCGCUGCUGAGACCGGGGCGCAGGCGAUUCUUCCGGGCUACGGCUUUUUGUCAGAGAAUGCGGAUUUUGCGGAUAUGUGCGCCACGCACGGCGUGGUAUUUGUGGGGCCCUCGGGCGAUGCGAUGCGCGCGUUGGGGUUGAAACACUCUGCGCGUGCGCUCGCCGAAGCUGCGGGUGUGCCACUUGUUCCUGGCUCUGGACUCGUUCCUGACGCUGCGAGCGCCGCUACCGCCGCGGCAAGCCUCGGCUACCCUGUCAUGGUCAAGUCGACUGCGGGUGGUGGUGGUAUCGGGCUCCAGCGCGUAGACUCUGCGGCAGAUAUCGAGCGCGUUUUUGCGACGGUGCUGCACCAGGGCCAGGCGUACUUCGGCGACAGCGGCGUUUUUAUCGAGUGCUUUGUCACGGACGCGCGCCACGUGGAGGUACAAAUCGUUGCUGAUGGCCGUGGUGGCGCUCUCGCGGUGGGGGAGCGUGACUGCUCGUUGCAGCGCCGUAACCAGAAGGUGAUCGAGGAAACACCCGCGCCACGCCUCCCGGAGGUGACACGCGCGGCGAUGUGCGCGGCUGCGACCAGUCUUGCAGCAUCCAUGCGCUACAAGGGUGCGGGCACCGUUGAGUUCAUUUACGACGCUGCGCGCGACGCGUUCUACUUCCUCGAGGUCAACGCACGCUUGCAGGUCGAGCACCCCGUCACGGAGAUGUGCACGGGUGUAGACCUUGUUGAGUGGAUGUUGAUGAUCGCGGCUGACACGCCGCCGGAUCUUUCGGUACCGGUUAUCGCGCGCGGCGCGUCUAUGGAGGCGCGUAUUUACGCGGAGAACCCCGUCAAGGGCUUCUCACCUUCGCCCGGCCAGCUCACCGAGGUGAAAUUCCCCGCCUGGGCGCGUGUCGACACCUGGGUCUCUGCCGGUACCGUUGUGUCGUCCGAGUACGACCCGACGCUUGCGAAGGUCAUUGUGCACGGGCGUGAUCGUGCGGAAGCGCUUGCGAAGCUCUGCCGCGCACUCGACGAGACGGUGAUCUUUGGCUGCACGACCAACCUUGACUACCUCCGCCUGAUCGCGCGCUCUGAGAUGUUUGCAGACGCGCGUGUUGCGACCAGCGUGCUUGACUCGUACGACUAUACGCCACCAGCGGUGGAGGUGGUUGCGCCGGGCGCAUACACCACCGUUCAGGACUACCCAGGUCGUACAGGGUAUUGGCACGUCGGGGUCCCACCGUCGGGGCCAAUGGACGACUACGCAUUCCGCAUGGCAAACCGCGCAGUUGGUAAUGCACGCGGCGCUCCCGGGAUUGAGAUUACGCUCGCCGGGCCAACUCUUCGCUUCCACGCGGAUGCUGUCGUCGCGCUUGCAGGUGAUGCGACUGCAACGCUCAAUGGUACGCAGAUCGACCUCUGGGCGCCGGUGCACGUUGCGCGCGGCGACACCUUGGCCGUGGGUAAGCUCACAUCGGGCUGCCGUGCGUAUCUCGCGGUGCGCGGGGGACUCGAGGUCGGCGAGUAUCUCGGCUCGCGCUCGACCUUUGCGCUCGGCAACCUCGGUGGGCACAACGGGCGCGUAUUGAAGGUGGGUGACGUGCUCUUUGUCGGGCAGCCGCGUGCGGGGUGCACGUUGCCAGCACCGGAAACCGUGCCACGUGCCGUGCCGCGCCUGUUGGUGCCAACGUUCACGCGCGAAUGGACUGUCGCGGUCACCUGUGGCCCUCACGGUUCGCCAGACUUUUUCACGCGCGAGUCCGUCGUAGCCUUCUUCGCGGCCACCUGGAAGGUGCACUACAACUCGAACCGCUUCGGGGUGCGCCUCGUAGGGCCUAAGCCGGUGUGGGCACGCGCAGACGGUGGCGAAGCGGGGCUCCAUCCCUCGAACGCGCACGACUACGUGUACUCUCUCGGCGCGAUCAACUUUACCGGCGAUGAGCCGGUGAUCUUGACAUGCGACGGCCCUUCGCUCGGCGGGUUUGUGUGCCAGGCGGUUGUGGCGCAGGCGGAGAUGUGGAAGAUCGGGCAGGUCAAGCCGGGCGAUGCAAUCACGUUUGUGCCAGUAAGCUUCGAUGCCGCGCGGACACUCAAGGAGGCGCAAGAUGCGGCGGUCGCGUCUUUCGACGGCCCUCUCCCGGCCAUCUCCUCCAUCUUACCUGAGCUCCAAGAUCCGGUUUUAAAGACCCUCAAGGCGGGCGAGGCGCCAUCCGUGGUAUAUCGCCAGGCGGGUGACCGCUACGUGUUAGUGGAGUACGGUGCGAACUUGAUGGAUCUUAACGUUGCAUACCGUGUGAACCAGCUUGUGGAGAAGGUGCAGUCUGACCAGACGGUGGGGAUCGUUGAGAUGAGUCGCGGGGUUCGCUCGGUGUUGGUGGAGUUUGCAGGGGUGACGCAGGCGGAGGUGGUGGCGACGCUCGUUGCGUACGAGUGCGAGAUUCCAUUUGCGCGCGACUGGACGGUACCAUCGCGCGUAAUCCGCCUCCCGAUGGCGUUCGAGGAUAAGAAGACGCUCGACGCGGUCACGCGCUACGCGGAGACCAUCCGUGCGGACGCGCCGUGGUUGCCGAACAAUGUGGACUUUGUCGCACAGAUCAACGGCGUGGACCGUACGGAGAUCCGCGACAUGCUCUACGCCGCGCGUUUCCUCGUGCUUGGGCUCGGGGACGUGUUCCUUGGCGCACCUGUUGCGGUGCCAUUGGACCCGCGCCACCGUUACCUCGGCACCAAGUACAACCCGUCACGCACAUACACCCCUAAUGGUACAGUGGGUAUCGGUGGGAUGUACAUGUGUAUCUACACCAUGGAGUCACCUGGCGGGUACCAGCUCGUGGGGCGCACGAUUCCGAUCUGGGACAAGCUUGCGUUGGGCAGCCACACGAACGGUCAGCCGUGGUUGUUGACUCCGUUUGACCAAGUCGAGUUCUAUCCGGUUAGUGAGGCUGAGAUUGAUGUGAUGUAUGAGGAAGCCCAGGCGGGGCGUUUCGUUGUUGAUGUGGUGGAAUCCGUGUUUGACCACGGGAAGUACCUCCAGUGGACGGAUGCGAACGCGGAGAGCAUCAAGGAGUUCCAGGACAACCAGGGCGGUGAGAAACUCGAGGACUUUACGCGUUUGAUCCAGGUGUCGAAUGCCGAGUUGGAGCGCGCGCCUGCACGCAUGGAUGACGGGGAAAAGUUUUCUGAGAAUGCCGAGCGGGUUUACUCUGAGUACUCGGGGCGCUUCUGGAAGCCGUUGGUCGCGGUAGGCGAUGUUGUGGUGGCAGGCCAGGCCUUGGUGGUGGUAGAGGCAAUGAAGACGGAAAUGGUGGUGAGCGCGCAAACCGGAGGGAAGGUGGUGAAGAUUGUGCAUGUCAACGGAGAUAUGGUUGAUUCGGGGGAUGUAGUGGCUAUCAUUGAGAGUAGUGAAUGUGAGAUCACUGCGUUGGCAAAGGAGACGAGCCAUUUACUGGUUGUGUGCUAGACAAGCUUAGAGAUUUAAGAGCCUCAUCUUCCCUUUCGUGUCUGUAUAUUAAUUUAUUUCAAUUUAUUAAAACUAGUGGAAGGGAAAGUUAAGAGUAAUUGGCAGGCGAAGCUUAUGAUUAGAGGAUUGGGUGGAACCGGCAGCACGUCCUAAAACGGUUUAAUUUCGUAUUCCCUGGAAUAUUAUCAGAGCAAGGGUGUUCUAAACGGCCAUAUACAUGCAUUUGUAAGUUAAUGUACUUGCCUAUUGUGAUCAACAAAGUCUGUUUGAGCUCUCUUGCUUCCCGUUUAUACCUAU